AUGAGGCCACUGCAGCCACUGGUUGAAAGCUCAGUGGCCAAUUUAUCUAAAGUUGUAGCAGCCCAUUGUCAUGCUAUCAAAGCUGGAGUUGUUGGUGAUGUGUACACAGCCAAUAACAUCAUGAAUGGUUACAAAAAUUGCGGACGUUUGGACGUUGCUCUCAAGCUUUUUGAUGAAAUGCCUGAGAGAGACACUGCUUCUUGGAACACGAUGAUCGCUGGCUAUGUGAAUUCCAGGGAGUUCUUUAAUGCUUGCGACUUUUUUAAGCAUAUGAAGAUUAACGGGGUUGGGGUUGAUGGGUAUACAUUUGGGAGCAUACUCAAGGGUGUGGCAGCGAAUGGUGGGAUAUUCUUUGGACAGCAAGUGCAUUCAGAUGUUGUUAAGUGGGGAUACGGAGAGAAUGUUUAUUCUGGGAGUGGUCUUGUAGACAUGUAUGCAAAGUGUGGUCGAGUUGAAGAUGCAGAUAGGGUGUUUCAAUACAUGCCAGAACGUAAUUCGGUGUCUUGGAAUGCUUUGAUCGCCGGUUAUGCAGAAAUAGGUGACCAUGAAAGCUGUUUUCAGUUGCUGAAAUGGAUGGAUAAUGAAGGCGUGGGGCUUCAGGAUGGCACAUUCGUGCCACUUCUGACAUUGCUUGAUGACAGUGAAUAUUACGAACUAACAAUGCAGAUCCAUGCCAAAGUUUUAAAACUGGGGUUGUGGAUUCAAAAUACCGUGCUAAAUGCUAUGAUAACUUCUUAUUCAGGAUGUGGGUCCCUCAAAGAUGCAAGAAGAGUUUUCAGUAGUGCUAGUGGCUACCGGGAUCUAGUCACAUGGAAUUCCAUGCUAGCAGCUUAUUUACAACAUGAUCGCGGAGAGCUUGCAUUUAAGCUCUUCUGGGAAAUGGAACUGCUGGGGUUGGAUUCAGAUCUAUAUACUUAUACUAGUAUAAUAAGUGCUUGUUCUGGAGAUGCAGAACAGGCUCAAGGGAGAUCAUUGCACGCGUUGGUCAUAAAAAGAGGGCUGGAAAAAGUAACAGCAGUAUCUAAUUCAUUAAGUGCCAUGUAUUUGAAAUCAAAUAACAGAGGAAUGGAAGAUGCAAUAAAAGUAUUUGACUGUACUGAGAUGAAAGACUCUGUUUCAUGGAAUUCAAUUUUGACGGGCCUAUCACAGAAAGGUUUCAGUGAAAAUUCAUUGGAAACUUUUCAGAAUAUGCUCUACCAGAACCUGGAGAUUGAUCACUACACUUUGUCUGCCGCUCUUAGAUCUUGCUCAGAUUUGGCAACUUUGCAAUUGGGUAAGCAAAUUCAUGUGUUCACAAUAAAAUCAGGCUUUGAGAAAAAUGACUAUGUAACCAGUGCUUUGAUAUUUAUGUACUCCAAAAGUGGGAGUCUGGGGGAUGCUUGGAAGUCCUUUACUCAGUCACCUGGAGACAGUUCAAUCACUUGGAACUCAAUUAUGUUUGCAUAUGCUCAACAUGGGCAAGGUAAAGUUGCACUUGAUCUCUUCUUUCAAAUGAAAAAGAAAAAUGUAAAACUGGAUCAUAUAAGCUUGGUUGCAGUUCUAACUGCAUGCAGCCAUAUUGGCUUAGUAGAGGAAGGUAAAAAAUUUCUAAAAUCAAUGGAAUCUGCAUAUGGUAUUCCACCACGAAUGGAACACUAUGCUUGUGCCGUUGACCUGCUUGGGAGGGCUGGCCGUAUAGAGGAGGCAAAAGAGCUGGUCAAAGAGAUGCCUUUUCAACCUGAUGCAAUGGUGUGGAAAACUCUACUAGGUGCCUGUAGGAAAUGUGGUGACAUUGAGAUGGCAACUGAAGUGGCAAGUCAUUUACUGGAAUUAGAGCCAGAAGAGCAUUGUACUUAUGUUCUUCUCUCUGAUAUGUAUGGACAUUUUGAGAAGUGGGACGAGAUAGCUACUGUUAAGAAGCUCAUGAGGGAGAGACGAGUAAAAAAGGUACCAGGUUGGAGUUGGAUGGAAAUUAAUAACGAAGUGCAUUCUUUUAAUGCUGAAGAUCAUUCACACCCCGAAUGCCAAGAAAUGUACCAGUUAUUGAGAGAAUUAACAAACAAAAUCAAACUUGAAGAAAAAUCUCUUGAUUUGGACAUUAAUAUAGAAUACUUCGGUAAUGUGCCUUAUUAUUGCCCUAAAGAUACUCACAUCCAUCUUAGUGUGGGUCUUUGAGCAUCUGUUGAUUAUUCUGUCCUUGCCAAAACUUCAAUUUCUGAAAGCAGCACAGCUGGUAAUUUCUAAUUCUCGCACCAGAGUGGGUAAAUCAUCUCAAUGACUGGCUGGACUAAUAAAUUGCUUAAGAAUGCGUCCUUCCCUUCCUCUUAGAAGGAAA